GAACGAUUCAGGCUCUUGAGAGCCUCUUGUUUUGAAUCAAGUGUUCAGUCUUAAAGAAUUACGUACAAACAUCUGUCAUUUUUCUGUCAUCUUGCCAUAUCAAACAUCAUGGCACAAGGGGCAAAUGGACAGCCACUAGUUUCAUUAGAAGAAUUCCAUGAACUAUUCGCCGUUCCAUUUAAGUAUGGUGAUAGAGAACAACCUUGGCCACGUUCAACAAUUCUACUUUACAAAUACAACUCAAAAGCCACCGUAAAGUAUGUGGACAUUCCCGAGAACAGCUGGAUUAGGGUAGACAAUGCUAUAGGAAAACAUGCUGAAAUAAUAAUGAUAAAAGAUCUGAAGAAAAUUCAGAACCAUUUGGAAGAACAGGCAGAUUAUAAAAUAGGAAGUUAUAAAGGUAUACUCAGCAUAGAAGUCAUAAUUAACUACUCACCAGAUAGAGAUUGUUCCGACAAAUUGUGUACUUGUAAGAAAUAUCUCGAUGCAGAAAUAAUCAAGCAACGGACAGAUGCAGAAAUAGUCAGGCAACGGACAAACCGAUAUGACGGACAUGCUGAUAAGGUUAGGAAAAUGUCCCUGACAACUGAAGUUGAAAGAGUAGAAAAUAUUAACUUUAAAAUCACUUUUUCUAAUUUCUAUAAACAUAUUGAGGACAUAUAUGGACAAGAAAACAUGGAAGGAUUGACAAAUCUUUUGAAAAGUGAUAUAAAACUUGAUAUAUUGACAGAUGAGAACUGGACAUAUUUUUUUAAUGCUGCAGGGUUAGAAACCGAGAGACAAAGAAGAGAAAAGGAUGACAAGAAAAUUCUCCAAUAUCUAAAAGGAUUAGCAGCCCUUGAUCAAACCAAUAUAGACUACAUGAGAGAUAAUAAUCUUGUGUAGUAUACUAGUACAUCAUAAACAAAGCAGCUCUUGAUCAGACCAAUAUAGUAGAUAUCAUAAACAACAACUUGGAAGUGGAUUUUUAAAAAGUGUAAAGAACUUCCGGAUAAUUUUAAAUCUCAGUCUGUUUCUGAAAAGUUAAUUCUAACAUAACUUUUGAUUUUUAACCCUGUAUACCACCAUUCCCCAUGUGAAAUAAUAAAGGUUUGUAGACAUUGAACUACAAAUUUCCUCCUAUGUGACGUUUACAUUUUCUGACGUCAAACAGGCGUAGAUGCUUUUUGUGCUUUUUUUUGCAUAUGUUUGUUUGUUUUGAGAUUUCAACAUAGUUAUGACUGCUGUAAUCAUAUUUUGACUAUUUUACCUAUUUUGUCUGUUUUGUUCACGUAUCGUUGUAAAUAUGAAGGAAUUUGAUGCGACUGUCAUACAAGUGAGAGGUAUAGCGCUAUAAAACAAGGUUCA